UCGACCAUUCAGUGGGUUGAGUUAUUCUCUUAUUUAACGGCAUCAUUUUCCCGAAUUUGUUCCCCACUGGGUUUUCUUGGUUCUUUGCGAAAUGGCUGGAGAUUGAGUUUAUUUGAACUUUUUUCCUCUGGCAACUUGAAAUUAUCUUAUCUAUCAAUCUAUCCAAUUGAGGAGUAUGAAAUGGAAAAUUGAACUUUGCAGAGCUCUUGCACAAUUUCGAAGCCAAGUUGGGUGUUUCUUGACUUUCCCAUGAUUAUCAGAAUGCUGUAGCCGAACGCUAUCUCUUCCUGAGUUCAUUACCAUCGUUUACAUAUUCCUACAAAUCUUUGUUCUUUUGGUGGACUAGAAGUAAUUUGUUCCAGUUUUUGAAGGUUAUAUAUAGAUCCUUGCAAUUCUUCCUUUCAAGUUUCUUGAUUUCUGUGACAAUUGUAUAGUGGAUACUGGAGAUGGCAAGCGAAGAUUCCCAAGUAUAUCAUGAAACUCAAAGGCUGCAGUAUUGCCUAUUACAUUGUCUGAACAAUCUCUUUCAGGAAAAGGAUGCCUUUACUCGGGCAGGAUUGAAUGCCAUUUCUGAAAAACUCACGCUUGAUGACCCUGAAAGAGCAGACUGGACACCAUUAUCAGUUGUUUUUAAGCCCCAUCAUAAUGUCUUGACUGGAAACUAUGACGUAAAUGUUCUGAUUGCGGCUCUAGAUGAAAGAGGGAAGAGUGUAGUCUGGCAUGAUCGUCGUAAUGGAGCAUCCUCUAUUGAUCUCAAUGAACCUGAUGGAAGUUUUAUGGGGAUCGUGCUUAAUGUCCCAGUUAAGAGGAUUUAUGGCAUUUGGAAAAGUCGACACUGGGUUGCAUUGAGGAGGAUUGAUGGGGUCUGGUACAACUUGGACAGUGAUCUUGCUUCACCAGAAGCUUUCAAAGAUACAGAUGAAGUUAGGAGUUAUUUGGAUUCUGUUAUUGCUCAUGGUGGUGAGGUUUUGCUUGUCAUGAAUGGGAAACAGUCCUGAAAGCCUUCAUUCUUUACUCUUUGGUGGUGUUGCAAGCUUGACUGUCUGUAGAUUAUGUCCAUUUGUGUGCAGUACCAGCCUGAUGAUGAGUUUUGGAGUAUGCAGCUGCACACCUUAAAAAACAAACAUCUUUGGCCUGUUGAUCACAGGAAAUCGUUGUUUAGGCAAAUUUAUUUGCGAAAGAUCUUUCAAUAAUAAGAAAUAGAGGGUGUGCAAAACGGUAGCCCCAGUAAAUAUUUGACUUCAAUUGUCUCAGCUUGAAGCGUUUCCCAUUACUGGCAAUGUGUUUUGAUUGAUUUUCUUAGCUGAAGAAUAGAUUUCAGGGACUUGUGUGAUUUCCUAGUCCUAGCUAUCAUUGUUAAUGUACAUAGAAUGCACAAAUUGUGGUUGUUGGUAGUUGAAUGAAAAUUCUUUCAAUAA